GCAUCCACUAUUUCCUUUACUGGCUCUACUUUUUGAAAGAUGCGAACUUGCCACCCAAUCUUCAGACCCACAGUCAAGUGAUGCUUUCAAUCUCGACAUUCAGGCUUUUGUACAACAUCAAGAGCGAGAUAGAAAACCUUUUUUAGCUAAUGAGCCAGAAAUCGAUGGACUGAUGAUAAAAGCCAUACAAGUACUGAGGAUACAUCUAUUAGAAUUAGAAAAAGUCCAAGAAUUAUGUAAAGAUUUUUGUAAUCGAUACAUAACUUGUUUGAAGGGAAAAAUGCAAUCGGAAAAUUUAUUGAGGUCAGAUUAUCCACAAGAUGUUUUAGGCACUGGAAUAUUGAAUAGUAUGGAAAAUAACAACAAUAUGAUGCCACAUGGGAAUUCCGAGAGUGGUUCUGCUUCAAAUAGUCCUGUACAAUAUUCGAUCAGUCCUCCACAACAGGUUAUCUCCAAUCAAAAUAAUAUUAUUGACCGCCCUUUAGAAACUUCCACUAGCUAUCCUUUACCACAUUAUGGGGGACCAACACCACCACUUCAACCCACCCAGCCGCCACCUGAAAAUUUAGUUGUGCAUGGAUCGACUCCUCUAUCCCAGAUAGGAGCGAAUAUUUGUUCGGUACCUCCAAGUGACAGUUCUGGACCUCUUUCGCCAGCUCCCACUACACCUGGGGGUUCAGCCGAUGACUGUGAUAGUGAUUUUACUUCAAGGGGUGGGAGGAAACAGAAGAGAGGUGUGUUACCAAAACAUGCUACCAGUGUGAUGAGGUCCUGGCUCUUUCAACACCUUGUUCACCCAUACCCAACCGAAGAUGAAAAACGCCAUAUAGCAGCGCAAACUAAUCUUACUUUACUUCAAGUGAAUAAUUGGUUUAUAAAUGCUAGGCGCAGGAUUCUGCAGCCUAUGUUGGAUGCCAGUGCCCCAUCGGACACAAACAGUGCAACUAACUCACCUAGUCACAAAAAGAAAAAGAGUCAAAACAAUAAUAGGAGAUUCUGGCCACAAGAUUUUGGCAAUAUGCAGCCACAAUUGGACAGCGGUAUCUUGUCGAGUUCUGAUGAUGAUGGAGAUUCUUACAGUAGUGAUGGUGAAGAAGGUAGUUUAGUGAUAGACGCCAAUGCUCAGAGCGGUGAAGUUAACCAAAAUGGUCAUUCUGUGGCUGUGUUAGGCUACAAUAAUAGUCCAGAUGCUGAAAGGCAGUGAGAAAUGCCAAAUUAUACAUGUUCCUUAAGGUAAGUC